GGGAAGGGAAGGGAAGGAAAAGUUGCUCCAGGUGUACUUGCCACGUUUGGCUCUCCUCUUCCCAUCCAGAACCUGUAGGAGCCCCGUCACGUUUGCAGUGGGAAUUCUCUUGUGGAAACUAACAGGGAUGCCAAAGGAAAAAUAUGAUCCUCCAGAUCCUCGCAGAAUUUACACCAUCAUGUCGGCGGAAGAGGUGGCCAACGGGAAGAAGUCGCACUGGGCUGAAUUAGAGAUCUCGGGGAGAGUGCGGAGCUUAAGCACGUCGCUGUGGUCGCUGACACACCUGACUGCUCUGCACCUCAAUGACAACAACCUUACUCGCAUUCCACCUGAUAUUGCCAAGCUUCACAAUCUGGUUUACCUGGAUCUGUCAUCCAACAAACUCAGAAGUUUACCAGCAGAACUAGGAAACAUGGUGUCUCUCAGGGAAUUGCUUUUAAAUAACAAUCUGUUACGGGUUUUGCCUUAUGAACUUGGACGGCUCUUCCAGCUGCAAACCCUGGGUUUGAAAGGCAAUCCUUUAUCCCAAGAUAUUCUCAGCCUCUACCAGGAUCCAGACGGAACCCGAAAGCUACUGAACUACAUGCUUGACAAUCUAGCAGUUCAUCCAGAGCAGCUGCCUCCAAGGCCAUGGAUUACUUUAAAAGAACGAGACCAAAUCCUGCCCUCAGCUUCAUUUACAGUCAUGUGUUACAAUGUGUUGUGUGAUAAAUACGCCACCCGGCAGCUCUACGGCUACUGCCCCUCCUGGGCACUCAACUGGGAGUACAGGAAAAAGGGAAUCAUGGAAGAAAUAGUCAACUGUGAUGCAGACAUCAUUAGUCUUCAGGAAGUGGAAACGGAGCAAUACUUCACCCUUUUCCUGCCGGCCUUGAAAGAACGGGGAUACGACGGCUUCUUUUCUCCAAAGUCACGUGCCAAAAUCAUGUCGGAGCAGGAGAAAAAACACGUGGAUGGCUGCGCCAUAUUCUUCAAAACGGAAAAGUUCACUCUGGUGCAGAAGCACACGGUGGAGUUCAACCAGGUGGCCAUGGCCAACUCGGAGGGCUCGGAAGCCAUGUUGAACAGAGUGAUGACCAAGGACAACAUCGGGGUCGCCGUGGUGUUGGAGGUGCACAAGGAAUUAUUUGGAGCAAGUAUGAAAUCGCUUCACGUGGACAAGCAGCUGCUCAUCGUGGCCAAUGCCCACAUGCACUGGGACCCCGAAUACUCAGACGUGAAACUCAUCCAGACCAUGAUGUUCGUCUCAGAGCUGAAAAACAUCCUGGAGAAAGCCUCGAGCAGGCCCAGUAGCCCGACAGCAGAUCCCAACUCUAUCCCUCUGGUGCUGUGUGCGGAUCUCAACUCGCUGCCUGAUUCAGGUGUCGUGGAAUACCUGAGCAACGGCAUAGUAGCCGACAACCACAAGGACUUCAAGGAGCUGCGCUACAACGAGUGUCUGAUGAACUUCAGCGGCAACGGCAAGAACGGAGCCUCGGAGGGCCGCAUCACGCACGGCUUCCAGCUCAAGAGCGCCUACGAGAACAACCUGAUGCCUUACACCAAUUACACUUUCGACUUCAAAGGUGUGAUUGACUACAUUUUCUACUCCAACACUCACAUGAACGUGCUGGGCGUGCUGGGCCCUUUGGACCCUCAGUGGCUGGUGGACAACAACAUCACGGGCUGCCCGCACCCGCACAUCCCCUCGGACCACUUCUCGCUGCUGACGCAGCUGGAGCUGCAGCCGCCGCUGCUGCCGCUGGUGAACGGCGUGCACCUGCCCUCCCGCAGGAAGCUGCACUUCUAAAUGGACAAAAGAGAUUUAAAAACUUGCAUUUAACAUAUUUCAAGGUAAUGCUUUUUUCCAGAACGUGGCAAAUUGAACCAACCUUUUAGGAGAAAGAAAAACAAAACUAGAGAUGCUUGUUUUGUAGGAAGAACAUUAGAAAUACUGUUUGAAUCCAAAAUGGAGACUCAACUCUGCAUCUGACAUAAAUUUUGCACAUUAGCAAAGCACUUAAUACCUGACUAUAAACAAUUGGCAGCAUGGCCCUGCCCCUCAUCUCAAAACUAUCAGAAAACCAAAGACAGCCAAGUAUCUGUGAUCAAAUUCGAGCUCUAAAUCCUCCUGGUUCCAAUUUGUUUGGGAGCUGUAGUCAGUCAGGGCUGAAGUAAAAAGCUGCUGGUUCCUUCCCAAAUGUUAAUGCUCUUUGGACGUGUUGGAAAUCCUUGUUUUCUCUUUCCUUUUAAUGCUCUGGGUGGCCAGUUCAAAACCUUGUGCCUCAAGAGGCAUUAAACAUGAUGCAAUUUUCUGGGAAAAAAAAAACAAACAAAAAAAAAACAAACAAAAAAAACUAAGUUGUUUGGCUGCUUAAUGUUUAAAAAAAAAAAGGCACAGUGAUAGGAAAAGGUCGUGUCUGUGUUUUUAAGUUUUUCUUUAUUCUGCUUUUUUGCUGCUAUAAGAUUUUCUUGAAUUUCUAUUUGAAACUUUUCAUGCACUUUACUGUUUCUAGUCUCCAAAUGUGAUAUUUUUAAUAAAUGAAAAAGAUUUUCCAUGAUGUGAAUGAAAUUUUUAAGCAGAUUGAUAAGCCUAUAUUUAUGUCUCAUUCGUAUACUUCAAAAAAAGUCCAAUUUGAAUUUUGAAAUUAGUUUUAAAUACAAAAGAGCCAUCUUCUGUCUUGCAAAACUGCCAAGUCAGGCUGUUCCUCUUUAAUUAAACAUUUCCUUGGUCAUUUUAUACACAGGAAAUUUUCCACAGGGGGGGAAAAAAAAAAAAAUCAAUUGGACUUAGAGGAGAAACUAUUCCCUGACUCUGACUGGGGGCCAGGGGAGGGGGUGGAGUGGGCCAGAAGGCAAAAAUGGGUUCAGCAAAGUGACAACUCCCUUGGAAAAGUGCCUAAAAAAUGGGGGUGUCAUCUGUGGUCUGGGAUCAAUUGGAAGUGAUGGGAGCUGGGGAAAAGUCCUGCACAGCACUUGCUUUGUGCAAAAGCAAAGCAAACCAAAAAAAAAAAAAACAAAAAAGGGGAAAAAAAAAAAAAAAAGAAAGCCCUUUCCAGAGAUGGAUUUUCCUCUGGAUGCAGGUCUCUCUGUUGGAAUAUACCUCAGCAUUCCCUACCUGGCCAUGGCACAUGGAUUGGAGAGCACUGGAAAGUAGAAUAGCAUGAAAAACUUAAUUUUGUGGACAUUACCUUUCUGUAUUCAGCUGCUGUAUGUUUUUUGGGGAGUGGGGGGAUGCUCUAACCUGCUCCCCUGUUCCUCCAGGCACGGUGGUCCCAGCGUGAGCAGUGUUUCCUAACCAUACUUCACUCCCAAUAUUUUUGGAGCUGUUUGUAUAAAAUGGAAUUUCCGAUUCGCCCGCGAUUGUCUAUGAACUGCAGAGGAGCCCAUUUAGUAAUAAAAAUCCAAACCCA